GCCCAACACUCCCCAGCCAAUUAUCCAUACAAACAAUCACCUUCUAAUCUCCUAGCACCAUUCAGUAAAAGGAUUAACCACAACAAUUUUCGAAACUCUGUAUUGUAUACACUGCUCGAAACAAAAGAAAGAGCCAGAGAAAACGAACCAACAGGUGUAUCAAAUGGCACCAGCAACUAAGCAGCCAAGCAACGACGAAGAAUCGGCGAUUUUGCACUCCGAUGAGCUCCGCCGGAAGAAAAGGAUCAAGUGGGCCAUAUAUAUUACUAUAUUUGUUGUGUUUCAGGCCAUAGUCAUCGCUGUUUUUUCCGUCACUGUGUUGAAAGUGAAGACCCCAAAGGUGAGGUUGGGCACGGCUGUGACGUUCCAGAACGUGAGCACUAGCACUCAACCAUCGGCCUCCUUUGACAUAAGCUUCACAACCCAAGUUAGGGUUAAGAACACCAACUUCGGUCCCUACAAGUAUGACAGCGCCACUGCCGCGUUCAUGUACGACGGCGUGACGGUGGGUGAGGUUACUAUUCCUAAAGGAAAGGCUGGGAUGCUUUCGACUAAGAAAGUUAGUGUUAGUGUUAAUGUGAAUUCAAAAGCCCUGCAAAGCACAUCGAAUCUUGGAAGUGAGUUGAGUAGCGGGAUCUUGACGCUGAGAAGCCAUGCCAAGCUCAGCGGGAAAGUGGAAUUGAUGUUUGUGAUGAAGAAGAAGAAGUCCGCCGAAAUGAACUGCACGAUGGGCAUCAAUUUAGUUUCACCGAAUGAGCUCCGAUAUUUGAAGUGCAAGUGAAAACUUCAGGCUGUUUUAGCAGUAGUUUUAAUUCCUGUGUUCACUUCUUCUGGUUUUGCUCUUAUUAUUAUAAUUAAAUUUCGUGGGAAUACAUGUAUUUUGACAGCAAUUUUCCGAGCGCAUAUACGAAAUAAAAAAGGAAAUGCAAGAAAAA